AGAGUUGACACUUGACAAGCGUAAUGGCUCUGCGGUUUUAUGCAAACACAUAAAACAGAACUCAAAUCAACAUUGUAAAUACUGUAGCAGGAAGUUGAAAGAGCAGUAAAAGCAGCAGGCGUCCAGUCUCAGGUUCCUCAUUCUGUGUUUGCGUGUCGCGUCAAUGAACAGCGCGCACACUCGACGCUUAUUUCGCUCUGAAAUUUUCCUUUUAAAUGAGAGAUAACCACUUUUUCUGACAUUUGACAGGAAACAUGGGUUGUAAAAAAUCCAAAUUGGAUGUGGACCAAAAUGGAGGUGUGCUUGAAGGGAACAAACACCAGCCAGUACGUACUGACCAAACUGUAUAUGUGAGAGAUCCAACCUCCUAUAAGCCUCAUAUUAAUAAUCAGACCCCUGGGCUUCUGCCUGGUCAGGUGUUCCAAAAAAUGGAAGAAAAGGAAAAAAUAGCCAUUGCCUUGUAUCCGUAUGACGCCAUUCAUGCUGAUGAUCUGGGCUUUAAAAAAGGAGAGAAGUUACAGAUUCUUGAAGAGCAUGGAGAGUGGUGGAAGGCAAAGUCUUUGGCCACAAAAAAGGAAGGAUUCAUUCCUUCAAACUAUGUUGCAGAAGCAGACACUAUAGAGACAGAAGAAUGGUUCUUCAAAGAUAUCACACGGAAGGAUGCAGAGAGACAGCUGCUGGCACCUGCUAACAAACCUGGGUCUUACCUCAUACGGGAAAGUGAAACCUCAAAAGGAAGUUAUUCACUGUCAGUCAGAGAUGUGGAUGCUCAGGGGCUGGAUGUUGUUAAACAUUAUAAAAUCAGAACUCUGGAUAAUGGUGGCUACUACAUCUCUCCAAAAAUCACAUUCAAUGACAUCAACAGCAUGAUAAAACAUUACCACAAACAAGCAGACGGAUUGUGUCGAAAACUAGAGAAACCAUGUGAGAAGCCGAAAGCACAGAAGCCUUGGGACAAAGAUGCAUGGGAAAUCUCUAAAGAAUCCAUAAAGAUGGUGAAGAAGCUCGGGGCAGGACAGUUUGGAGAGGUGUGGAUGGCCUACUAUAAUAACAGCACAAAAGUGGCGGUGAAAACGCUGAAGCCGGGCACAAUGUCAGUGGAGGCUUUCCUAGAGGAGGCCAACCUGAUGAAAACCUUACAGCACGACAGACUCGUGCGCCUCUAUGCUGUCGUCACCAAAACCGAGCCCAUCUACAUCAUCACUGAAUUCAUGGCAAAUGGAAGCUUAUUGGAUUUCUUGAAAAGUGCAGCCGGCUGCAAAGUACAGUUACCGAAGCUAAUAGAUUUUUCUGCACAGAUAGCUGAAGGUAUGGCCUACAUUGAGAAGAAGAAUUAUAUCCACCGAGACCUGAGGGCAGCUAAUGUGCUCGUUUCAGAUAGCCUCUUGUGCAAAAUAGCUGAUUUUGGCCUGGCCAGAGUAAUUGAGGAUGACCAAUAUACAGCCAGAGAAGGAGCAAAAUUUCCUAUCAAAUGGACGGCACCCGAGGCCAUCAAUUACGGUUCUUUCACCAUCAAAUCCGAUAUGUGGUCCUUUGGUGUUCUCCUGUAUGAGAUUAUAACAUACGGGAAAAAUCCAUAUCCAGGCAUGAGUAACAGUGAAGUCAUGAGCUCUGUUCAGAGAGGUUACCGGAUGCCCCGUCCUGAAAACUGUCCCACUGAACUUUAUGAUGUCAUGACCUCGUGCUGGAAGAAUAAACCAGAUGACCGGCCCACGUUUGACUAUAUUCAGAGUGUACUAGAUGACUUCUACACAGCCACCGAGGGCCAGUACCAGCAGCAGCCAUGAGGAUGUACUGUUUCAAGAUGAUCAAAAGAUCUGUGAUUUAUCUAUGAAUUAAUGUACUAAUAUGUGACUAAAAAUGGGAUCAAUCUGCUUACUUAUGUGUAAGCAAGGUUCAGAUGUUCUGUUUCUGCUUCAAAUUGAAGUUUUAACAACCUAUUUUGCUACUUUUGCUCUUCUUAUUCAAAUUUCAAUGGCUGCAUUUCAAUUUGUACAUAAUUUUUAUGUUUCAACGUACCCUCCUAAAAGUUUUAUUGUUAUUUUUACACAUGAAAACCUUUUCCUUUUUUAUUUUUUAAAUGAGGGGUUUGCAAACUGGAGUCGGUGGGGGGCAAAUAAAUUCAGAGAAAAUUAAGAUUUUACUUUUAGGACUGUCGAAGUUAACUACAGCUAUUUUGAAAGUAUAUUUUUGGAAGGAUAUUUAUUGUAAAUGGAGCUGUACCAAUACAUUUAAACAUUUGAAUUGAAAUGUAAAUGUAAACAAAUGUAACCGCUGGAAAUGAACACUGUAAAACACUUUUCUUUAAACUAUCACACAUUUUCUUGAAAGGAUGUGAAUAAUUUAUAAAUAACAUUAUACAGCUGCCUAUAUAUUUUAGUAAGAGGGUCCCUCAAAAAGGAUCAUUAUAUUUGGAGGUUCUUAAACCUCUGGGUUAAAUUAAAAUAAUCUUAACAUUUUUUUUCCAUUACAUAUUUUAAUAGCAAUAUUGAUAAUAUUACAAUGAACAGUGACAGAGGGCAAUAUUUUGUAAUUAAGCCUUCAAAUUGCCUUGUAUUUGAUUAGCUUUAGGAAUAAAAUGCUUUGUAUAUUUAAAAUAUUUUGUACAUUUGUAUAUUAUCUAGAAAACUAAUAAAGUGAAUCUUUGGUGAUUGAUAAAA